AUGAGUAUAUUUGAUAUUUUAAUAAUUAUAUUAGAGUUUAAAUUUUGCUAUGGACCCUCCUUCAUCUAGAAGACCUCCCAUCUUUGGUCCUCCAAGAUAAAAUAGAUUUGAAACAAAGUGCAAAUAUUGCAAGAAAUGUAUAAUUGAGAAAAUUUUAAAGAAUAGGAUCCGUAACUCCUUUAAUGGCAUGAAACUCAGUGUUAAAAGUAGCAAUAGGGUCCACUCAAUUAAUUUGUUAAUGCUGGAGCCUAAUUUGUUAAUGCUGGAACCUAGUUCAUACGAGGAUUUAGUUAAGGUGUUUAAAGAAACGUAGAAAGAUUAGGAAAUGCUAUCUCCAAUGAAAUUCACUAAAUGGAGAGGAUUUUCAACAACCAACCCAAUCCAGUAACGAUAGAUGUUUACUAAGAAUAAUUUAAUAGACUACACUAAGAAGAUAAUAAUAGAUAAGGUGUAGAAUAACCGAAAAGUGAGCCUAACUUUAUCGAAUAUAAUUUUAUAAAUAAACGCAAUUUAACUCCAUCUGCUAAGAUGUGUUGUAUAUGUUAGGAGGAAUAUAUUGAUAAUGAGAAGAUCCUGAUCCUUCAAUGUAUGCAUAGAUAUCAUAAAUCAUGUCUGAGUGACUGGAUUAAGAAAAAGCCAACUUGUC